AUGGAUAGUCCAGAAAUUCGGGGGGGACGAGUGUUGGAAAAUUCCCCGACAAGGCCCAGCUUGUCGAGAAACCGUGUCGUGGUCGUGUGCUCGGCGAGGAGCACUGGAAAGAAAGCCGAGGGCACCACGAGUCGGCUGCUCGCCGUCUACAGCAGGUUAAAAGAUGUUGGCCUCGCCUAUGCCAUCGGCUCGCACGAUGCGCAGGUCGCCCUCAUUGAGCAAGCCAAGGGCCUCAUCAUGGACAUCUGCAACGACCACGUCUUUGCGGCCGAGGCGUUGGUCAAGGACGCGAGCCUGAGAGAGUCGCUCGUCCGCAACAUCGAGGCCCAGUGCCAGGAGCUCAUCGAGUACAUUGCCGCCGCAAAGCGCUUCAACCUGGAGAUCAACUCGAGAGCCAAGGAUCGGGUCAUUAGCUUUGGUGAGAAGCUCGCAUGUCUGUACAUGACGGUUCUCUUGCAAGAUGUCGGAGUUGACGCGGAAUACGUCGACUUGUGCGACGCGCUCCACCACGACGCCGCAGCCCUUUUGGAUGCCGGCUUCUACAAGUCCGCCUCUGCGGCGUUUGCCAAAAAGCUCGAGGCGUGCGGUGACCGCGUUCCCGUGGUGACGGGCUUCUUCGGAAACGUCCCCGGCAGCCUCAUCGACGGCGACAUCGGCCGCGGCUACACCGACCUGUGCGCCGGCCUCUGCGCCGUCGGGCUCCACGCCGAGGAGCUGCAGAUAUGGAAGGAGGUGGACGGCAUCUUCACGGCAGAUCCCUCCAAGGUGCCGACGGCUCGCCUCCUGCCGUCCAUCACGCCCUCCGAGGCAGCGGAGCUGACGUUUUACGGCUCUGAGGUGAUCCACCACCUCACCAUGGACCAGGUCAUCCACGCUCAGCCCCCCAUACCCAUCCGCAUCAAGAACGUAAAGAACCCUCGGGGGAACGGCACCAUUGUGGUGCCCGACCCCGUGCUCUCGGCCGGCCAGCAGCUUCACCAGACGCAGCCGUCGGGGCCGCAGCCGGUCAAGGCGCCCAAGCGCCCCACGGCCGUCACCAUCAAGGACCACAUCAGCGUCAUCAACGUGCACUCCAACAAGCGGUCCAUCUCGCACGGCUUCUUCGCCCGCGUCUUCUCCAUCCUCAACCGGUACGCCAUCUCGGUCGAUCUCAUCUCCACGUCCGAGGUGCACGUGUCGCUCGCCAUCCACUCGGGCAGCACGCAGGCCGACAACUUUGCCAAUGCCAAGAAGAGCCUGGCCGAGUGCGGCGAGGUCAGCGUCCUGUCCGACAUGGCCAUCCUCAGCCUGGUCGGCGCGGACAUGAAGAACAUGAUUGGCGUGGCUGGCCGGAUGUUUUCGACUCUUGGCGAGCACCGGGUCAACCUGGAAAUGAUAUCCCAAGGUGCCAGCGAGAUCAACAUAUCGUGCGUCAUCAACGCGCGGGACGCCACGCGAGCCAUGAACGUCUUGCACACCCAUCUAUUCACGUUCCUAGAGUGA